GUUUCUACCCGACGUAGUAUACGCGACGUACCCCAGGUUCGUGUAUAUUUACAUCCUCUAAAAUCGUCUUCGUAAGCCGAUGGACUGACAUCAGGUAGCUGAGAUGCUGAAAGAUCUUCCCCGGGAGGCUUUGUUGAGGCCAUUGACCAGGAAUGAGGUGGUGGGCAUGCUAGUGAGGUUGACCAUCUUUGGAGCGGCCACCUACUACAGCAUCAAAUGGGUCGUGGAAGCAAUGGACCCUACCUCCAAACAGAAAAACCAAGCCAAGAAAAGGGCGGAGAAGCUUAUGAAGAGGAUUGGUGUUGAGGGGGUCAAACUUACUGAAUAUGAGAUGAACAUUGCAACCCACCUCGUUGAUCCACAAACAAUGAAGGUGUCCUGGAGAGAUAUAGCAGGACUAGAUGAGAUAAUCAAUGAGCUACAAGACACAGUCAUUCUGCCCUUUCAGAAAAGACACCUUUUGGCUGGAUCCAAACUGUUUCAGCCACCUAAAGGUGUUUUGUUGUUUGGUCCACCGGGAUGUGGGAAGACCAUGAUUGCUAAGGCAACGGCCAAAGCUUCUGGCUGCAAGUUUAUCAACCUGCAGGCAUCCACGCUCACCGACAUGUGGUACGGCGAAUCCCAAAAGCUGACGGCUGCCGUCUUCUCAUUAGCGGUCAAACUCCAGCCUUGUAUAAUUUUCAUUGAUGAAAUUGAGUCAUUUCUCAGGAACCGCUCCAGCCUUGAUCACGAGGCCACUGCCAUGAUGAAGGCCCAGUUCAUGAGCCUGUGGGAUGGGCUGGAAACAUCCUCAGCCACUCAGGUCAUGAUCAUGGGGGCAACAAAUCGACCACAAGAUGUGGAUCCUGCUAUCCUGCGCAGAAUGCCCACCACUUUUCAUGUUGGUCUUCCUAACGCACGACAAAGACAGGACAUCAUGAGGCUGAUUUUAGCUGGAGAAAAUCUGAGCAACACCAUUAAUCUGAAGGAGAUAGCCGAGAAGACGGAAGGCUACUCUGGCAGCGACCUCCGGGAACUUUGCCGCGAUGCCGCCAUGUACAGAGUUCGAGACUACGUGCGCAAGGAGCAGAUGAGGCAGAUUGCUCAGCAGUUAGGAGAAGUCCAGGAGGAAGAAAAACCAGUGGAUGAGGAGCAGUUGCGUCCAGUCACCCAGCUCGACCUCCUCUUUGGGCUGGAUAAGAUGAGGGAAUCCAAACGAGCCACAGCAUCUAUGUUACCAAGCGUUUCUGAAGUUCCACUGGACUGAACUGAAGUUGCAAGGACUUUUUUAAAGUAUUUAUUUUUUCUUUUCUUAAUUAUCUACAGCGGUUUUACUCCUCCAAUCAUCGGUAUACUAUCAGUAAAUCCCCACAUAUUUGUGAUUCAACAUUUGGAACUCUACAAAUUUAUAGAUUUUUGGUCCAAAAAAAUGUGUUAUAUAUUUUUUCCUCCAGUAGUAGGCUGUUGUCUCAGUAGAAAACACAUAAUUCCCCGGUAAAAAUGUAUAAAUAGAUAAGAGGUGAUCCUAGACCAGUUAAGAGCUUCGCCGAGUCCACAAAACACAUGGAGACUGGUUGGGAAAACUCCAUGCACACAUUGAACUAUCCGGGGACCCUCCUCUCCAGAUCCCCUGAAUAGACCUUACCAGGAUCCUGAGAAGUGUGAUCCAAUUUUAGUUGACGCACCCUUCUGUCCCCUUUCUUAAAAAUGGGAACCAGCAACUUGGUUGCUUUUAUUGCAAAUGUUGAUCCCAAAUCAAAGGAGAACAUUAGCAUCAAGCAAGCAGGUUUGGAGGGGGAGGAGCAUCUCAAUUGACUGCUGGUCUCAACAACUGUAAACUAUUGUCUUCAGGCUGGCAGCAUUGGUUCUUAAAGCCUUAUUUAAUGAACUAUACAUGAAAAAGGUCCACUUUUUCACUCCUUCCACUCCUCCAGCUCUCUAAUGGGAUCCAUUAUUACAACAUCACUCCUCCAUGUUCAACCAUAGUCAAUGCAGAGCACUUGAUGAACAUUGAUGAAUAUGGAUGAGCUGGAUGAUUUUUUAAAUAGUGAAUCAUGGUGGCAGCUAAAAGACAGUUUGCAUGAUGUUCCAUCUGCCAUCUUAAUGAGUGCUAUGCUUUUUACUUAAAUUAUACCGGGGAUGAUAUACAGACAAUUUGACAGUUAUGUGUUUCUAUAGAAAUAGUUGAAAAAUACACACAGGCCUAAUUGUUUUCAAUUAAUGGAAUGGAACAUUUUGUUGCCCAGGUUAUAAAAUUCCAUAUAGACUUUCCUGACCCUAAGUAGUACAAAACAUUGAUUGUCGACACUUUGUGUUUUGCAUAUUUUCCCAAUAUUAUGUUUGUGUUUUCCAUACUUGUGUAUUAUCAUAAAUAAGCAUCAUGUUUGCUGUCAAGCCAGGUCUAAUAUAGCUGUUAUUGGUCAAAUAGGGACAAAAUAACUUGUUUUGCACACUUUGUACCAAAAAGGGUAUCUUCGUGUAAUGUAAUGAAUACCUAGUUAAAAACUGUAUGGUCAUAAUAAUAGAUCUAAGUCAGGGGUGUCCAAAGGUGGCCAUUUGCAACCCAUGGUACAUUGUCAAAACAAUGUAAAAACAAGAAAAUAGCAAACAUUUCAGUAAUAUGACAAGAAUAAAAUAGAAUUCUUAAGAGAAUAAAAUCAGAAUAUUGCAAGAAAAAGAGGUCAUCUUAUGGGAAAGAAUGUUUUACGAGAGUAAAGUGAUAAUAUAGGCAGCGGGCAGACCAACAUAGAUUUGUUUACAAAAUCUGAAAUAUCAAAGUGGCCAAUCCCUCCUUAACAUUUUUCAAUAUGCAGCCCUCAAUGGAAAAAAAGUUUAAAUAAAGACACCUCUGAUCUAAGUGAUCAGAGUCAGAAUAAGCAAGGAUUUGGAUGUAAAUAUCAGCUUCUCAUGCGGCACGCAUCAUAUGUAAUAAUGUACAGUAUUGAACAUGUAUGUCUCUACGCAAGCACACGGGGGCGCUACGGCUGUACUGCUUCUAACAUUUAGGUGACCAUGAGCCUUGCAUGUACCAUCCAGUCACUGAUUGUUGCUCCAGGGUUCAUUUUCAAAUCAAUACGUAUAUCUGUGGCUUGAUUGGAAUACCACAGGUGACAAAAAUAUCAGAUUGUUGCCGUGUCAUCCAGUGCAGCUUUAAAAAAAAUGUGUCUUUAUUUGACUCAUGUUGUACUGGUGCAGGUUGAACUGCAUAAUGUAUAUAUUUAUUACAUUUACAAAGAGGAAAAUGUCGGUUAAAUGUUGCAUCAGUCAUUGCUUGUAUGGAUUUGUUCUCAUCACAUAAUAAAACUGUCUGUGUUGUCAUACAUCAAAGAAAAUAAU